AUGUCCUCCGAUCGCCCACUCAAACGAUCCAACGAUGCGCUCCUCGAUUCCCCGAACGGCGACAGCCCCUCGUCCGCUACUUCCAAGGUGAAGCUUCCGAGACUGGAUCGCGGGCCAGAGGACUUCUCCUCCGUGGUCAAGAGCAAGCUGCAGUCCUAUACCCGCACCGGCCAGGCCUGCGAUCGCUGCAAGAGUCUCGCCUGCUACGUUACCGAUCGCGUUACCGGCCGCACCGAGCGCCGCGGCUAUUUACAGGAACUCGAGCGCGAGAAGAAUGACAUGCUGUCGCAUAUCCGCGACAUGGAGAAGCUGCUCGAGAGCAAUGGCAUCGAGGUGCGCCCCUGGCAUUGGUCCGCAUUCGGUCCUGCCUACAGCAGCUCUGCCGUCGCCUUUGAUGCAAUGGGCAAUCCGGUCAACGAUCCGGCUUCUUCCAAGGACCAAUGGAGCCAGGUCGGCUCGUUAUGGGUGAAGAACUACCAGCAGAAGCCCCAAUCUCUUUCCACGGGUUACUUUCUUCCCGCCGCCUUGGAACCAAGACCAGCAGACAGCCACCUUGGCGUCAUGACUGAUAGCGCGCCCCUGAGCUCCAUCAAGGGGACUCAGCUCUCUAUCCUCGGAACCACGAUCGACAUCACCUCCUUCGAUGCGCCGGAUAUGGACGGGCCUCCUCCUGGCGCUCAGAUCACCUCUCCUCUCUUCAACAAGUCCGUCCAAGCCUUCCUCAACUCAACGAUGAGAGUCAAUCCUCCACUGGAUCAUGUUGGCCUGCCGUCCCGCGAGGACGCCUUCACAUACUCGGAGUGGUAUUUCCUCAUGAUCUACCCCUUCAUACCUCUCCUCCAUAAACCAUCCUACAUGAAACUGCUAGCAAGCAUAUAUGACGACCCAUCCUUCAAACCUUCGACCGCGGAGCUUGUGUUGGUCCACAUGGUCUUCGCAACCAUAUACUUCCAGUACGGAGUGCGCAAUCAUGAAGAUCCGGCCAGGCGAGAGCAGCUCAACGAUCUGUCCAACAAGCACUACCAUUGGUGCCUGAGCAAAUUCUACGACCUGGCUUCUGCCGCGACUCUCACUGCAGUCCAGGCACUCGCCAUGAUUGCUUGCCAUACUCGCUCUUUUCCGAAGCCGGGGUCCGGCACCCUUGUUGCUGUUUUUGUGUUUAAUAAAGCCAUUGAGAUGAAUCUGCACCGCUCCAGCAAGCGGGCGAACGAGGCCACAGAUCUGGAGAACGAGAUGAGGAAGCGCGCAUGGUGGGGCAUCCUCACCGUCGUCGUCACUCUCCACGGCCGUCUCGGUCGUCCCAUGCCCAUUGGCCUCGAUGAAUUCGAUGUUGAACUGCCGUUGGCGAUUCCUGAUGAGGUGCUGACGGAGAACGGCGUAACUGAUCCCUCGAGGAUCGGCCAGUGUGGCUACCUUGUCGGCCUUGCGGCUUUCAGGAUCUUGCCCCUGUACAUUGAGAUGUGGAGCAGUGUGUACAUCGUCCGUCGAAAUCCUCGAAGAUAUGUUGAAACGGUUCAAAGCCUCGAAGAGCAAUAUCGACUAUGGCACGACCAGCUACCUGAUGAGCUCAAGGUAGAGAAGUGUAAGCCUGGCAACCAAGUACUGGCGCUUUACACGCAGGCUUUCAGUCUGGAGUUCAGACUGUGCCUGCGACAUCCGUCUGUUUGCAUGACUUCGGAUGCCAAGAUAUGCGCAGAGAACACGCGUAUAUGUCAGGAGACAGCAAGGAAACUUCUGAAGGUAGUCGAUAGUCUCCUCAGACUCAAGUCUCUUGACACAACAUGGUACCAGAUGUCGGUGUACGUGGCGGCUAUCUUCACAAUGCUAGUCGCCGACUGGGAAAGACGAUUUACGAUAACAACGACCGAGAUUAUCACUUUGAGGGAUGAGAUGAACAUGUGGAUCAAUAUUCUUGGUGCGGUCCCCGCCUAA